CAAACAAAUAUUAAUUGUGCUUUCUGGACCAGAUAUUAGAUUAGAAAUAACUAAUUUGCAAUUGCAUCAUGGGCUCAGUAAGAAUGGUAAUUUUAAAUGCUGAUGCAUAUUAUUCCUGUCUCACACAUGCUUUUUCUAAUGAGCAAGAAGAAAUUAUGGGUUUGUGUAUCGGAGAAACCAAAGAUACGAUACUUGGAUGUGAAGUGCAUAUAACAUCAACUUUAUCAUUACGAAGAUUGGAUAAAAGAAAAGACAGAGUUGAAAUAUCAGUUGAACAACUUUCCAAUGCAUCUUCGAAAGCAGAAGAACUAGCCAGAAAAACUGGACGACCUUUACGAAUUAUUGGUUGGUAUCAUUCACAUCCACACAUUACUGUUUGGCCUUCACAUGUUGAUAUUGCGACACAAGCAGAUUAUCAAACAAUGGAUGGUACUUUUGUUGGAUUGAUAUUUUCAUGUUUUAAUGAAGGAAAAUCGAAUGAACAUUCUAUACAUCUGACAUGUUUUCAAUCUGUAACAACAUCAGGCUGGGAUUCUGCACCACAUGAAAGAGUUGAGAUCCCAAUAUCAAUUGCACCAUGUAGAACUAUCAGUGAUGCUUGUAUGGAUGCAUUGAAAGAAUUACCGAAAAUAUUGAUGCAUGAAGAAACAGAUACAUAUGAGGCUGCAAACUCUUCAGAUGGAGAUUUUAUGACAAGAUUAUAUAAUGGAAGUGUUCAUGUCCAAGCACUCUGUAAAUUGAACAGCAAUCUGUUGUUGCCAAUGUUGAAAGUCACAGAGAGAUCUACAGCACGAGCUCAACUCAAGUUGGAAGAAACUGAAAAGGAUAUCGAGGAACUAAAAAAGCGAAUUACAGAAUUGAAGCUUGAACUUGGAGAAACUUGAAUGGCAAGCCUGAUUAGUAUAUCGACCUUGAUGAUCACUAUAUAAAAAGACUUUUUGUGAGACUAGUACCACUGUGAAAUAGAUUUUAGUUAAAUUGACUAAUGUCUUAUGCAACAAAUUGAAAAAGCCAUUGAUUUUUGGAUACCAGUGGAAAAUGGUCAUGUGAUGAAAUGAAAAAAAGCAGAGGCAUAUGUCAAAGCAACGUAUCUGAAUCUUCUUAAAGACAUUUGGAAGAAACGUAAUAACUAUUGCUGUCACUUUCCUGAGCAUUGGUUUCCAAACCUCAGCCCAAUGAUUUAAUAUGACCCGCCAAACUUGAUGACAUACUUUAACAUGUUAUGUUUUUUUCUUGUGUUUUAGAUCCCGCCAAUUGUUACAUCAUUAUCACAGUUUAAUCAUGUGUAUUUCUGUAACAGUUCUGUUCAAUAUUGCCAACUGUGGUAUAGCAAUCUAAGCCCAAUCAGCAGAAUGUAAUAUGAAAGAGAUAAUCUGCACGAGCAGAAAAGUGUAACAGCAUGUAGUCUUUAAUUUUUCCCAGUGGAAACUUCACAUUGCCAUAUAAUGAAUAAAGUUUAUUUCGUUAA